AAACGAUCGCAGCGCCUCUGGUUGACACCGCUCUAACUAAAGUGAAAAAGUGAAAUAAUUCUUUGAUGAUGGGUGCUUCCACCUUAUUGAAGGGUUCUUUGAUUUAGAGACGCCGGAAUGUUCUAUGGGCUUUGAAAAGGAUGAUUCGAUUACGUUUCUUCAAAGAAUGACCAUCAGUAAUUUCGGUUUAUCGUGUUACGUGGCGUGUUGAAAUUGGAUUGAAAAAAUAAAAGAAAAAAGAAAAACGUAACUACGUUAUAUUUUCGAAUGGCGAAGGCAUUGUUGUGCUUGAUAUAAUCCAAUUUUUCUAAAGUACAAACUACCUUAGUUUUUGCUUUUUUUUAAUACAAAAUGGCAUUGCCACCGAAUUAUAAGCAAGUAGCAAUGGCUACGUCAAACGUUGUUGCGUCCAAUCAGCGUCUCAGAGCAUCUGGUGGAAGUAGCAGUAGUUCGAAUAGCAGUAAGGAUACGCAAAGUCCUUUUAUACAAACUCCUCAUAGUCAUCCAGGAUUCACACCUCAAAAAGUAGGAAAAAAUACAAAUGCAGAUUCACGGAUGCCAAAACCGCCCAAACCACCUGAAAAACCUCUUAUGCCAUAUAUGAGAUAUAGCAGGAAAGUAUGGGAUCAAGUGAAAGCUCAAAAUCCAGAAUUGAAACUUUGGGAAAUAGGUAAAAUUAUAGGUCAAAUGUGGAGAGAUUUGCCAGAAGAAGAUAAAACAGAAUUUAUAGAGGAAUACGAAGCUGAAAAGGUAGAAUACGAAAAAAGUUUAAAGACUUAUCAUAAUUCUCCAGCAUAUUUGGCUUACAUUGCUGCUAAGAACAGAGGAAAAUCAGCGUUAUGUGCUGCUCAACAAAAUAAUGACGAUCGAGAAAGUCAUGAACGUUCUUCUGGAAGUAGUAAAAGUCAAGCUGCACAAGAUAGAAGAAUUGAUAUUUUACCUGCAGAAGAUGAUGAUGAUCAAGAUGAUGGAUAUUCUGUAAAACAUGUGGCGUAUUCUCGCUAUACAAGAAAUCAUCGCCUUAUUAAUGAGAUCUUCAGUGAUACUGUUGUUCCUGACGUCCGUUCUGUUGUUACGACUCAAAGAAUGCAGGUCCUACGCCGUCAAGUACAAUCUUUAACUAUGCAUCAGAAAAAACUGGAAGCAGAAUUACAACAAAUCGAAGAAAAAUUUGAAGCAAAGAAAAGAAAAUUUAUUGAGACAAGUGAAAUAUUUCAAGAGGAAUUGAAAAAACAUUGCAAACCAGCAGUAGAUGAAGAAACAUUUAAUAAAAUGGUAGAACGACAAUACGAAGUACUUAGGAGAGAAAGAUUAAGAGGGUCGGAGGAAAAUCGAUCUGAUGGUCCUGCAUCAAAUGAAUCUACACCAAAUUCUACUCCUACUCCAACUCCAGCUUCUCUUAAUGACGAACCCCCGUCUGAGGCUUCUGAAAAUGAUGCAAUCGAUAAAAAGACCAAUGGUUUUGAGAAAUCUAAUAAUGAAAUAAAGAAAGAAAAUUCAUCACCUCCAUAUGUUGAAACAAAAUCGGAAUCUCCUACUGUACAAGGAAAUCAACCGAUAAAUCAACAUGGAUCUAAUUCUAAUAUGUAUUGUGUAUCUGUUACUCCAAUUCAACAACCACCACAGCAGCAGCAGCAGCAACAACCAACGCCACCACCAUCAAUGUCCUUGAUACCGCAACAACAGCAACAACACCAACAACAGCAGCAGCAAUCAGCGUCAUUGCCGCCAUCAAUAUCGCUAGUACCAACACAACCGCAGCAACAGCAACACCAUCAACAACAACAUCAACAGCAACAGCAUCAGCAACAACAGCAUCAACAGCAACAGCAUCAACAACAACAGCAUCAACAGCAACAGCAUCAACAACAGCAUCAUCAACAACAGCAGCAGCAACACCAACAACCACCUGCCCAGUCUCAUCAACAAUCGCCACCACAGUCACAUCAACAGUCAGCGCCUCAAACUCAUCAACAGCCACCACCUCAAACCCAUCAACAACCAACCCCUCAAACUCAUCAGCAAGCAACGCCUCAAUCUCAUCAACAACCACCUUCGCAGCCGCAACAGCAACCUCCGCCGCAAUCUCAUCAACAUCCUCCAUCUCAAACUCAUCCACAGACUCAUCCACAACCUCCACCUCAAUCUCAUCAGCAACCACCGCCACCUCAACCUCAUCCACAACCACCACCUCAGUCCCAUCCACAACCACCACCUCAAACUCAUCAGCCACCCCCACCUCAGCCCCACCCACAACCACCAUCCCAAACUCAUCAACAACCACCACCACCUCAGUCCCAUCCACAACCACCAUCUCAAACUCAUCAACCACCACCUCCUCAAACUCAUCAACAACCAACACCUCAACCUCAUCAGCAACCACCUUCACAGCCACAGCAGCAACCACCGCCUCAAUCUCAUCAGCAACCACCACCUCAAUCUCACCAACCACCUCAAUCUCACCAACCACCACCUCAAUCCCAUCAGCAACCACCCCCACCUCAAUCUCAUCAGCAGCCACCACCUCAGUUCCAUCCACAACCGUCACCUCAAACUCAUCAGCCACCACCACCUCAGCCACAUCAACAACCACCACCUCAAUCUCAUCAACAGCCACCCCCUCCAUCUCAUCAACCUCCACCUCAGUCUCACCAACAACUACCACCUCAAUCCCAUCCGCAACCGUCGCCGCAACCUCAUCCACCGCCACCUCAAUCUCAUCAACAAUCACCAUCUCAAUCUCAUCAACAGCAAUCGCAUCAACAAACAGCACCGCCGACAUCUUCGCAACAACAGCAAUCUAACACUACUAGUGCUUCUGUACCAGUGACAGUAAGCGCAACUCAAAACAUACCGAACAUGCCUCCAGUAUCUUCACCAGCACCCCCCUUACACAAUCCUCAUCAACAAGGAAUGCUAUCUAACCAUACUAUGUCGCCGCAUCAAACGUCUCAAGGAACGCAAGGAACACAGGUCCUUCCUCCUCAAGGACCAGUAACUAAUCCACAUACAUCACCUAUAAUUCCACCUAAUCAAGGAUAUGGUCAACAAUAUCAACCAGGACCUGGUCCACAGCCACAAAACGUGCCGCUUGCCCCAAGACCUCCGCAUCCUUCUUAUACUUAUUCACAACAGCAACCGUAUCAUCAACCUUAUCCCCAAUACGCUCAUCCCUAUUAUCAUCAACCAUAUUCUCAGUAUUCGCCACAUACUAUGAGCCGUCCUCAUACACACAGUCCUCAUAGUCCACACAGUCCGCAUUAUCAUCCACAAUCCCCUCAUACUGUAGGAGAAAGUAAUGCAGCUAAUAACAGUGUAUCUGGUUCAGGUACUACUUCUGGUUCUACUCCCGAUAGUAAUAAUUCAUCCUAUUCUCCAGCGUCAGGUCAUUGUGAAAGUGAACGUAGUACUGCUCCUGACAGUCAGGAAACUUCUACUGAUAUGAAAUCAGGCUCUGUGUAAAGCGUAUUUUCCUCUUA